AUGUUUUAUAAUAUUUUGAUGACCCGGGUGCACGAAUACUUCACUGCCCAGGACCUUCCUUCCAAAUUGACCGCGCGUCUCCCUCCAAUCAUCAAAUGGAGCACCGCCAUCGCCCUGACAGCCUAUCCCCAUGUCUCGCCGGGGAUUCAGCGCGUGGUUGCCAUCUUCACGGUAUAUCUGAUUGCCAUUGAUCAUCUGGCGGGUGAGAUCCUGGAUGAUUUGAAACAAGUGGCCAGGGUGUUAUUCAAGGGACAGGCAUCCGAGAAUCCCCUGCGUCGGUCUUUUGUCCGCUUUCUGGAUGAUAGUAUCAGCAAUGCAUAUGGCCAGUUUGCAACAGGUAUGAUCCUCAAGGCGACUUUGGAGUCUAUCGCGGCGUGUUAUGUGGAAGUUGAGCUGGAAGGCGCUCAUGCACUUACGCUGCCACCAGACGCCCGCGGAUUCCCUUAUUACUUGCGCUUGAAAACGAGCAUCGCUGAGGCGUAUGCUUUCCUGGCCUUUCCCCGGGAUCUCUAUCCAGAUGAAAGCCAUUUUCGGGGCUAUUUGCUGGCUAUUCCGGAAUUGACGUAUUUCUUUAAAGCGGUGAAUGAUAUUUUCUCCUUUUAUAAGGAGUCGAUUGUGAGAGAUGAGACGGGGAACUUUGUUUGUAAUGUCGCUGUCGUGAAUGCUGUGUCUCCUCUGCGCGCUUUGGAGGAUAUCUGUCAGAAGACUAUCCGGGUGACUCAGCGUGUCCGGUGUUUUCUCUCGAUGAUGCCCGGUAUGCAGCGGGAUAUUGAACAUCUGGUUCAGGGAUAUAUCCCGUAUCAUCUUUCGCAAACGCGGUAUCGACUUGUGGAGCUGGAUAUCCAUGAGGCGUGGGAGGCUGGGGACUUGAUGAAGGCUACUCUGUUUGAACACCGAAAGUCUAGUCAGUCGGGUGAACAAAGGGCUGUGGGCCAUGGCCGUGAAUGUUCGGGGCAGCCGUCGGUGGCGUGA